ACUGCAUAGCUCGGCUCUCGUCACAUAAACCACCAUCGCACCGACAGAGCGAACUCCAGGUGCUCUACACGCUGCUUGAAUCGACUCCUGGCGGGAGAGCCCCCUGGGAUACAGGACAGCAAGGGCUGCCCCAAGAUCCACAAGGAGUGGGGCCAUGCGCUGCCCGCGGAGGGCGGAGUAUACACUGGAGAGGUAGUCACUGGACCAUGAACGUGUACCUCAAGACGCUCGCAGGCGACGUGUUCGCCGUGGGCAUGACCGAUCCCGAGGCCAUCGCGGCGGCCGAGGCGAGCGGCGUCCGCGUUUGUCCGCCAUGCCUGCUGGCCGAAGGCGGGGUCGGUGAAGACACGACCAUCGACCAGCUCAAGGGUUACGUGGCGGCCAUGUCGAUCUAUCCCGCUGGGGACCAGCGCAUGAUCUUCGCCGGGAAGCGGCUCGAGGACACGCGCACGUUGCGACACUAUGGCAUUCGCGCAGAAUCGACCGUCCAUCUCAUCACACGCACCGGGUCAUCAGCCACGCUUCGGCGCGAGGGAGGCGACCCGGAACCUGGCCGGACCCCCCUCCCGUCGGUGCUCGACGUCUCGAGCGACGCGCGGUUGCACGCCACCUGCCACGCCGCGCUGAUCUGGACGGCUCUUGCGCCGCCGGGCGAGGGCGAGGCGACGUGCCUCCACGCCGCGCCGCCGGUGUUCCUCCUCCCCGUGCUCACGCCCGAAGCGUCGGAGGCGAUCAUAACGCACGCCCGGCCGGGCCUCGUGGAGAGGCGCGGCCACGCGACGGCGGCCCAGCUCGGACUCGCGGCCUUUACGGCGAAAUUGGUAAAGCACGUGCUCGGGCCCGCCGUCCACAACCUCUAUCCCGGAGUGCGCGUCGACGCCGACGCCAGCCACGCGUUCAUCCUGUGGCACGCGGCCACGAAUCCGGACCGCGCCGGCGCCUCUCUCUGGCGGCACCGCUCGGACACGGGCGAGCCGACGUCGGAGCACGUCGACGACUCCACGGUCACUGUGAACUUUACGCUCGGCGGCGAUUUCGCAGGCUCGGAUCUGAGCUUCGCGUGUGGCGACCGGCUCGUCGUCCCGCAGCGCCCCGGCCUCGCCGUGGUCCACGCGGGCGACCUCGCGCACGCGGUGGAGCCCAUUACGGCGGGCGAGCGCUUCAACCUCGUGUUCUGGCUGCGGGAGAGGCGAUAGUAGACUGCGUUGGGAGUUUAUUAACAUAGACACACUAG